CACAUAUACACCAUUCUCUCUUCUUGAAGGUUUAUAACCACCAUCAUCAUCAUCAUUUGUAGAACAAGAAGCCACCACAAUCACAAUCACAAUCACAAUCUGCAAACAUGAGUUUAGUUGCAGGUUCAUACGAACGUUUCAUCUGGGGCUUCAAACUCAAAACCCUGAAACACUCCACCGAAACCCUAACCCUCUCCCCCCUCUUCUCCUUCCCCUCCCAUCUCUCCCCCAUCAAAUCCGUCGCCGUCGCUGGCUCUGUCGCCGUCUCCGGCGGCUCCGACGACACCAUCAAAAUCUACGACCUCUCCACCUCCUCCGAAAUCGGCUCCUUAAACGACCCUACCUCCACCGUCACAUCCCUCGUCCUCUACACCCCACCAUCCCUUCACUCGUUCCCCCGAAACCUAUUCUCUGCGUACGAUGACGGACACGUGUCGUUCUACGAUGCGGACCCGUUUGUGCAUUUGAAGACGUUGAAGGUUCAUAAGAAAGGGGUGAAUGAUAUGUCGGUUCAUCCAUCGGGUAAAUUGGGGUUGACGGUUGGGAGAGAUGAGUGUUUGGGGAUGAUAAAUUUGGUUAGGGGGAGAAGGAGUUUCUUUUGUAAGUUGGGGAAAGAAGCUGAGAUUGUGGAGUUUGGGUGUGGUGGGGAUAAGUUUUUUAUGGGGACCGGUGAGACAGUUUCGGUUCAUGAAGCGGAGGAUGCCAAGUUGGUUUCGGAGUUGAAGGGGGAGAAGAGAGUUCUCUGCCUUGCGCCUGCCACGAAUGGACUCGUUUACACUGGUGGAGAGGACAGGAAUCUGACAGCAUGGGAUACAAUCAGCGGGAAGGUGGCAUAUUGCAUUGAAGACGCACAUUCAGCUCGUUUAAAAGGCAUUGUAGUUCUUUCUAAGAUUGACGGGACGUCUGAUGAAGAACCAUUUUUGGUGGCAUCUGCGUCCUCAGACGGAAUCAUACGCGUUUGGGAUGUUCGCAUGGCAAAAAAAGAUAAACCAACACCGUUGGCUGAGGCCAAUACCAAAUCUAGACUCACUUGUCUUGCUGGAUCUUCUUUUAAAUCUAUGAAGAAGCGAUUUAGUGGUUCAAGUGAUUCAAAUAAAGAGCAGGAUGAAGCAACUGAACAGUAGUGGUAUUCUUGUAAUUUACAUGUUCUGCUUUCUGUUCUAAAUUUUGAUUGAUUUUUGUGAUGUUAGAUAGCGUAAACAAUGGGUCGAUUUUGUCUUGCAGCAUACGCGUAAUUCGUCUUAUGUGUAAUAUCUAUUUGAUGAACUUUUUUAUGAACUAAAAUGUAGCCAUUGGAUGAAGUCAUGAAGAUCAUUAUACCUACAAGAUUUUAAGAUAUUAUU